GCCUGACGUAUUACUCACCUGUCCCAAGAGUGGGUACGGUCUGACUGGCUCGUAGUGUUGUAGUUAACUAUUGUCGCUGCUGCUGUUCUGUCAUCAAAAACCACCAAUAUCUGCCCCGCGAUUACCUCUUUGUGCUACUUUUUGGAACCCCGCAACAGACUUCUGUAGAAAGAAGACGGGUUACUGCACUUAUACACUCCUCGCAGAUCUCGGGUUCGACGACCAAUUCGAGUUGCGGCUUCCCUCCCGUAGACCACCUCCGCCAAUAUCCGCACACACACCAUGACUCCCCCACAAGAUAUUGCAGGCGGCAUUAGCAACCUCGCACGCCAAGUCUCCAACACCCUCUCCCUCAGCACGAGUCCGAACCUCCAAUUCCACAGCCCGACCCACAGCUCCCGUCUGCCGCCGCGCGGUAGCUUCAGCAAUGGCCGCUCAGGCAGCUUCCAGGACGUCUUGUCCGCGAACCAGCUGGCCCAGCGCCUGAAGCCCUUCAACACAAAGGAGAUCAAGGUCUUGUUGCUAGAGAACGUUAAUGUCGCUGGUAUCGAGAUCUUGAAGAAGCAGGGCUACCAAGUCGAGGCCAUCAAGAGCAGUUUGCCUGAGGACCAGCUGAUCGAGAAGAUCCGCGAUGUCCAGGUCGUCGGUAUUCGCUCAAAGACCAAGCUCACCAAGAAGGUGCUGGACGAGGCUAAAGAGCUGAUCGUUAUCGGUUGCUUCUGCAUUGGCACAAACCAGGUCGACCUCCAGACUGCGGCCGAGAAGGGAAUCGCUGUGUUCAACUCGCCCUUUAGCAACUCCCGCUCAGUCGCUGAGCUCGUCAUCUCGGAGAUCGUUGCGCUCGCCCGUGAGCUGGCCGACCGCUCGAUGGAAUUGCACAAUGGCACAUGGAACAAGGUCAGCAAGGGCUGCUGGGAGGUUCGUGGCAAGGUACUGGGCAUAGUCGGUUAUGGCCACAUUGGUAGCCAGUUGAGUGUGCUGGCUGAGUCUAUGGGCAUGCAGGUCAUCUACUACGAUGUGGUGACUAUGAUGGGUCUGGGUACUGCGCACCAAGUCGAGACACUCGAUGAACUGCUCGAGCAAGCCGACUUCGUCUCGCUUCAUGUGCCAGCGACAGCGGACACAAAGAACCUCAUUGGCGCUGCGCAAUUCGAGAAGAUGAAGAAGGGCAGCUAUCUCAUCAACAACGCCCGCGGCACGGUUGUCGACAUCCCCGCCCUCAUCGAGGCCUCGCGUUCUGGCAAGCUCGCCGGUGCCGCCAUUGACGUCUUCCCUCACGAGCCUGCUGGCAACGGCGACUACUUCACCAACGAGCUGAACUCGUGGACCAAGGACCUCAUUGGCCUCAAGAACAUCAUCUUGACACCCCACAUUGGUGGUUCCACAGAGGAGGCACAGAGCGCCAUCGGCGUUGAGGUUUCGACUGCUCUCGUCCGCUACGUCAACGAGGGUGCUACGCUUGGUGCGGUCAACAUGCCCGAGGUCAACCUGAGAGGUCUGUCCCUUGAGGUGGCGAACUGCAUGCGUGUCAUCUACAUUCACAAGAACAUUCCCGGUGUGCUGCGACAAGUCAACGGCAUCCUGCUCAACCACAACAUUGACAAGCAAAUGUCCGACUCAAGAGGCGAGGUCGCCUACCUCAUGGCAGAUCUCAGCGAUGUCAAGGAAGACGAGAUUAGGGAUCUGUUCCAGAGCCUGCAGGAGCUGUCCUCGUGCAUUCGCACUAGGGUUCUGUACGGUUAAAUCCACGUUUCCUCUGUCAACAUUUCUCAAUUUUGUAUAUUCGAGGUUUCUUCGUACAGAGGCCGCAGUCGCUUUAGAACACCAAAAAGCAUUCAACAUGGCGUUCAAGAAAGUAUUCAUAUUCUAGCAGAGGAUGAGAAAGGGGCAUAGAAUCCAUAUUAGUAGCGAUGUGCAACGCUUCUCACGUGACUUUCGUAGUCGUUUCAGCAUGCUCGGCCCGCCUCGCCCACAACCGACCACCAAACAGCGAGUGUGGAGCAGAAGGAUGCCAGCGAGAUUGGCCUGCGAUGGUCUUCAAUGCAACACAAUGCAACACAAUCCAACACAGUACAACACAA